UUAGCGUUAACCGACACUUUACCGGACAUUGUAAGAACGGCCCUUAGUUGUAUUAUUAUGAUUUAUGUUUUCAAUUUUUCUUGAGUCUGGGUAAGUAGUGCACGUGCACUUGUGCAUUUGUAUUUUGUAUACACGAGCCGCUAGUUGCCACUGGUGUCUGGUUUUGAUCCACACCAUGAAUGGAUAAAUUUAUUACGAUCGAGUUGGACCUCCCACUCCGAUUGAAAAUUGUUCGAACGACUAAAGUCUAAAACUUUAAAAGGCAAAAACUGUCGAAGAGAAACAAAACAGGAUUUUGUUUUAUUUACUAACUCCUACAUCCGUCUCUUUAUCGAUAUCGGUGGAUCGUGAUUCGUCUUAUUUGAGUGCGAUUUUGCGGAAACAAACAUUAUUAAUAUACAAAUAUACAAUAGGUACCUAUAGUUUAUACCUACCGUUAUAUUAUUCGUUACCACUUUACCAGAACCGCAGCUCUAUUAGCAGCUGUAUUGCUAUUAUAGAUAAUAAAAACCUUUAUUAUCUAUGGCAGUAUCAUGGUUUAAAUAUACAAUUAAUAAUAUACCAAUAAAUUAAGCCAUGGUCAGUAUAGUGAUUAUUGUUUAGUAGUUAGUACUAUUUUUUUUAUAAUUGUCGCGCUUCGUGUAAUCGUGUUGGAAAUUGGUCAUAAUAUUAUAUUACUUUAUAUUAAUCUGUUUUCGAUGGUAGAACGAUCGGUCCCGUAUCCCGAUUGCAGUUAUCUAAUAUCUGUCAUUACUUAUUGCAAUUGAAUUUUCAUUUAGUAAUACUCGGGCAUGAUAAAAUAAAUCCACUUAUUUUAUCGUGGACUAGGCACUGAUUUAGAUUUCGUGAGUGGUAAACAAGGAUAACCGUGGAAGUGAGUAAUGGCUGCCAAGUUACUAGUUGUCAAUUUGGUACUGUCGAGUCUCGACGAAGUUUCCGAAGUUAAACGUUUUCUUCACCUAACCCCGGCGGCAUUGUAGCAGACGUAUAACGCUCUCGCUGCGCAGCCGCGUCAGAACAGGACAUGUGCGAUGUGCGCAACUCCGACGCAGUGUCGACGGUGGUAUUUGUUGUCGUAGUUGCCACCAUAUAAAUCCCUCGUUUGUAUGGACCGAUUCGUUUGAGAUUUUAGAUCGUGACACGUGGGUUCAACAGCAUGUUUUCAUCGUCGUUGUCCAGGGCCGAUCUACCUUGGAACAGAAGAAACACAGACAGUACCAGUUAUGAAUGUCAAGUAGUGAGUGUGCACAAUGAACGUGAUUUUGCAAGAAUCGCUAAGUCCUAAAGAAUCAAGUUUGCAACAUUUUAAAUCAGGUUUAAAUCUUGAGGUACUGAAUCAAUCAUUAAGAACAUAUUUCAAACCAUUUGACACGGAUAAACAAAUAUUUUUGUUUAAUAACAUAUAUUUCAAAUGUUUUAAGAUUAUGAAAGGCGAUUACACUAAAAUUAAACAUAUGAUGGAUCAAAUAAUUCAGGAAGUACAUAUCCAGCUUGAAAAAACUCAAAAAUGUUCAAAUAACAAGUGCAACCCAAAAAACAAUAUAAAUUUGAAUAAUGACGAAAAGUGUGACAAGAAAUUGGCCAAGAUUCAUGGCCAUAAAUAUAAUAAAAAAUACAAAAAACUUCUAAGAAGCUAUGAUCCGAUACUAAACGAUAAUGAACUUUUAAAGGCAUUAUCUGAUCCAGAUGAUAAAAUCGGAAGAAAUUACAUAAUACCAUUUGAUUUAGGUACUAAAAUGUCGGAUAAAGCUAAUAACCUUGGUAUUAAUGAUAAAUCUGAAGCUUCUUCUGCUUCAACUUCUCCUCCUCCAAAUGUGAUAAAAGCUCCACUUAAACAGGUUGCCAAUAGCUCUGAAGGGACAUCGCUGGAAAUACCUAAUGUCAUGAAAAGCGGCAAAGAUAAUAAUAUAUCAAUCAUUGAAAUAUUACCCGAUGGUAAUAAACAGCCAGCCAUUUCUGCUGAUUCUAGUGAUAUCAAUAGGAAUAAAUCAAUUCAAGCAUCAUCCUCCAAUGUCGAAUAUGUGUCAAUGUGUCUAUCUCCAAAAGUCACUAUUUACCAGUAUUGGUUUGAAAAUAGUACAGAUUUUUUAAAACUGAAAAAAAUUGUUUUCAAGCAUGAUCCUUCCAGUUCUGAGACAUUUAAGACAUUGGUUUACAAACUAAAAAAAUCAUUCAAAUUUGAGUUACCAAGAGUCACUAAUAUCAUUUAUAAUUGGCACAGUCCCAAAAUGCAUGUUAUUCAACAAUUGCUACAAGAAAACUUACACACAAUAAAUCAGACUAAAAACAAAAUCAUACAUUUCAUGACAUUUUUGAACCUUUUAUUUCAUAAAUCUGUUAAUACUUAUUAUUUGUCAAUAGAUGAACUGUAUUAUAGUUUCUUUAGUUUUGUAGAUUUUAUUAAAAGGUGUUUGUUGUCUUGUAUUAAUCCAAUAUUAAUGGAAUGGCUCCCUAUGGCGUGGAAUAAUUGUUUUUAUUAUGGUCUUAUUUUGGUUGAAUAUAUUUUAUAUAAUGAUUUUAAAAGAAUGAUUGAAUAUAAGAGUAUUCAUACUCUUUUGGAAUGGUCAUAUGUCCCAGAUAUUCAGAAGUUGUUUAAAAUAUUAUCAUAUGACAACAAGAGUCGUUCAGAAAGCAUAAUAUAUUUGUCUGAAAAUAUCAACAAUUAUAUGAAACAACGAAGCAGAAUAAAACCAAAACACCAAGAUAUACAAGACGAACCGCCUAAAAAAAAAAAAAAAUUUACUUCAGGCCAACAGAUGUUUCAACAAGCACAACAAUCAUCUGAACUUACAGUUACAAUGAUAAACACUUCCAGAGAAGCUCAAGUUAUAUUAAGUUCAAUUGCUUCAGUAAACAUUGAACAUUAAUAUAAUUAAAAUAUAGUUAUUUAAUUGUAUUUGAAGAAUGCUAACCUCUAUGCUGUGUUCAAAAUUGGAUUUUAUAAUUUGUUUAAUUUAAUUAUGUUUAACCUAAUUAUAAGUAUUAAUUUUAAGAUAAGAAAUUGCCUAAUUACAAAUGUAUACAAUUAAAAAACAUAUUAUUUUAACUAUUAUUUCGAAAUGUUAAUUGUUAUCAUGGAGAAAGAAUGUUCAUUUUGUUUGCAUUUGUCAUAAAUUGUUAAUAUAUCUUCAAUAAUUUAUUACAACAUUUAAUGUACAGUAUACACUUUUUUAAUUUAUUA